ACAGGUAUGCAGAUAUCGCAAAAAAGUUUUUUGAAAAAACGUCUCCUGAACUUGAAGAUUCCUUGACACACUCGAAGAUGAUGUUAAAGAUUUCUGUUUUUGUGUGUUUAACUGCAUUAUUCCUUAUAAAUAAUGCACAUUGCAACCAAAAGAGGAUCCGGAGAGAAAAUCAGACGCAGCUUUUGGUUGAUGGCGUAGACAUUAAUAACAUCAGUGAUGAGGAUCUAAAUGGUCUUUUCAAUGCUGAAGAUGAAAAGUUAACUGGGGAACUGGAUAUAUGGAUCGGCAAACAAACAUUAAGAGAAAAGCAGAGGCUGAGGAGAAUUCCACCAGUGAUAGUAGCUGUCGGAACCAGAGUCGUAUGGACUGCCGGUAGACACAUAAUGAAAACUCUCAUAAGAAAUACGCUUCCGAAGACCAGUAAAGACUUAAGACUUAGACAAUAUUUCAAAAGAGGGGGGUACAAAUCAGCACAGGGAGAUUUUUGGAGAUUCAAACCCAUGAAUAUUAAACGUUUUACGGGAAAAGACGGUCAAGAAGGAAUAACAGGGAAAAUUUUGGACGGAAAGUAUACUUUGACUGUGAGAAGAACUAGUUCAUACUCCCGUAUUAAAAAUGGAGGCAAAGUAUUUAGACAAGGGCGUCCAACACUUGAACUAAGAAGCAACACUGGUGGAAAAUUAGUCAGAAAAGUCAGAUAUGAAGAUAGAUGGAGUUACAGGCACAAAAACACAAUUACAAAUACAAAGAUACAAAGUUGUCAGGUAGGCUAGGCGGAAUACGGAGAUCAAAAUCCUCGAGAACGCGGAGCAGAAGUAGAUAUAGGCGUGGCAGGAUUGGAAGAUCAAGAUCAUAUAGAACGCGGAGCAGAAGUAGAUAUAGGCGUAGCAGGAUUGGAAGAUCAAGAUCGUAUAGAACGCG